CAUGGAAACAAUUAUAUUGUGAAAAUGAAGAAAAUAUAUUUUGCUGCUGUAGCAGGAAACCUGGGCAUGCUGUCAAUCGGUCAAUUUUUGGGUUGGCCAUCACCAUCCUUGCCUAAAUUAAUGGAAGAUAAUAAUGUCAAACAUUCCAUUCAUUUAACUGCGGACGAGGCCUCUUGGGUGGCAUCUUUACUUAUGCUCGGCGCAAUUGCAGGUGCCAUUACUUGUGGACUUAUGGUGAAUUUCAUUGGUAGAAAAAAUACCAUGUUAUUUACGGCUGUGCCUUCGAUAAUUAGCUGGUUGAUAAUAGCUUUUGCAACGUCACCAUGGGAGCUAUACAUAGCAAGAUUCAUGUCUGGUAUAAGUACAGGCAUUGGUUUUUCAGUCAUGCCAAUAUAUUUGGGUGAAAUUUCACCAGCAAAUAUCCGCGGUAAUUUGACAUCCAUGAUAGGAAUGGCUUCGAAAUUUGGCACUUUAAUAGCAUACGUAGUAGCCCCAUUUAUAUCGGUGCAAAAUUUCGCCCUCAUAUCUUUGACAAGCCCGUGUUUGUUUGUGAUUAUAUUCAUCUGGGUACCAGAAUCCCCAUAUUAUUUUUUGCGCCGCAACGACAAGCAAAAAGCCAUAAAUUCGUUUGUUCAGUUGAGAGGUAAAGAGAAUAUUCACGAAGAAAUAGAAAAUAUCGAGCGAUCCGUGAAAACUGAUUUGACUAAUAAAAGUGAUUUUCGAGAACUCUUAUUUGCAUCGAGAAAUCGCAGAGCUUUGAUGAUAUUGUUGGGUUUGAACGGGGUUGUGCAAAUGAGCGGUGCUCAAGCUGUGAUACAAUAUGCUCAAAUAAUCCUGGACCAAGCGCACACUAAUCUGGAAGGCAAAUACUUAACUAUGAUUUUAGGUGCCAUACAAGUGAUUUUUGGGACCAUCUCUAUGUUUCUUAGCGAUCGCAUUGGCAGGAAGCCGCUGCUAGUGAUCUCGACCAUUGGUGCAGCAUUCUCGACUGCUAUAGUUGCAACAUAUUUCAAUUUGCAAUACAAUUAUAUAAAUACCAGCAAUUGGUUGCCCACUAUUGGCAUAACUAUUUACGUAAUCAUGUAUUGUUCGGGUUUGGCUCCUGUGACUCUCACCAUAACCAGCGAACUGUUUUCCAUAAAUGUGAAGGCUCUUGGUAGCACGAUAGUUACAAUAAUACUCAAUUUGUGGGCUUUUAUUGUGUCAAAAUUAUACCUGAUCAUAGCUAAUAAAUACGGUACACACGUACCGUUUUGGACAUUCACUGCGUGCAGUCUCGCUGGUACUUUAUUCGUGCUUUCUUAUGUACCUGAGACCAAAAAUAAAACUCUGGAACAGAUACAAAUGGAUCAAAAAUAGGAUGGUUAUAUGGUGAUUUUCUUUCGACGAGUUUGUAAAGAGUAUCCGCAAAAAUAUCUGUUUUUUCGCCCGUUCCGUGAUCCUCAGAUUGAAUCGAAUUGUGGUCUAAAUGAUAGCUUAUGAUGAUAUAUUAAUUUGCGAAAAAUUUCAAAUUGAGCAUAAAAAUAUUUCGGAAAUAUGACGAGUGAAAGUGUCGUAAUCUAUAAGCGAAUCUACGGUACAGAAUAAAUGAGAAUAUUAUGUUGAUUCAAAGUUAGAGAAAUAUGCGUGUUUAUGAUUCAAAAUCUCAUUGGCCAUACUUAUCGGAGUUGAAGGGCUUGAAAUUUUUGGACAAUUUCAAAAAUAUUGGCUUAGAAACUGUAGGAUAACGAGUUUGUUAUUGAAGAGUUUAUUAUCAAAUAUCGUUAUCUGAACGCCUUAUACUGAUAUUUCUUGUUAGACGUGCUUUCAUAGUUUACUUAACUUUUUACUGUACAUGGAACUGAACAAAGAUGCGUAAGAACUGUUUAUAAUUUAAUUUUUUUAAUUUGGUUUUCUGUUUCUAAAUCCGAGAUUGCAAAAUAAUCUUGUUAUUCAUAAAUUUGUUUAAACAAAUUAUUGUACAAUUACAGUUUUUUUAAGAAAUAAUUCCUGUUACGGAUUCCAUGAGAAAAUUGAACUGAUGAAAGUUUACAUGGCAUUUUCAUCUAUCACAUCUGUUGGAUUCGUUUACCGAUUUCGACAAUUUUGUUUUUUCAUAUCUCUGAAACCAUUCCUAUGUUCUUGAAAUUUUUCCCAAAUUAAUAUACCAUCAGAAGCUAUUAUUUAGAUUUAGAUCACAAUUUGAUUCAAUAAGUGAAGAUCACUGAACGAGCGAAAUUUGCGGAUGCUCUUUAUUAAAGUAAAAUCACUUUCGAAGUUGGACACGCAGU